AAUAUCAGACAGAACAUUUAAAUUCAAUGUUGUUUCCUGCUCUUUUAACCCUGUUGAGGGUUGAAGCACACGCUAUCAACAGACACUCAGCGGUCUUAUCACACUUCCUGUUUCAGCAGCUGUCAGUCACACACACACACACACACACACACAGUACAGUCAGAACAGUCAGAGUGUUUCUUCAGUUUCUCUCAGGAGCUGCAGGUAUUGCCCAGAAUGCGCCUCCUCCUCCUCCUCCUCCUCUUCCUCGUUGGCACGGUAACAGCCGUUCCCGGUUGUCAUGGCGACAGAGAUAAGGACCACCGCACACGGCAGAACUGCACCGCGGCGGGAUUCACCGGAGUACCGGCAGGACUCGAACCGGCAACCAAGGUGCUGUUGUUUCCCCAGAACCUGUUCUCCAGCCUCUCCUGGACCUCCUUCCAGAUAUUCAUAGAGAUCUACGAGAUCGACCUCACCGGAAACAAGGUUCCAGAGCUGACCCCCAGCUCCGCUCCGAUCCUCCCCAGCCUCAGUGUCCUCCGGCUGGGGUCGAAUCUCCUGACGUCCCUCCCUGACGGAUCCUUUUCAGCCUGCCCGGCGCUGACCGAACUCUACCUGGAGGGAAACGCCGUGGUUUCUCUGAGCGACAACACCUUCUCCGGACUCCGCAAGCUGGAGAUCCUGGACUUGUCGUCCAAUCGUAUCCAGGUUCUUCCAGACCUCAUGCUACAGUCCUUCCCUGUGAUCGAGACCCUGUUGAUCGAGAACAAUAAGGUCCUGACGAUGCCUGACGGUUGGUUCAGCCCGAAGGAGGACGUGCCGUACCUUUAUCUCUCGGCCAAUCCCUGGGUCUGCUCCUGUUCCCUUGGUUACCUGCGCCAUUACCUUGACGAAUACGAAUUCAACGUCUAUGUCCGGGAUGGACCAAUCGUCACGACCAACGCUCUGAGUGUGGUGUGCGACUCCCCUCAGAGGCAUAAGGCAACAGCUGUAUUGAGCCUUGAAGAAUCUGAGCUGUGUCCAACAGAGCCAGAACCUCCGAGUCGUGGAGACGGCAACAAGCAAAUGGAAACUGUAGCUCCCCCCAUCCCAGUUACUACUUCUACUCCCAUUCCUACCACCACUGGUACCGCUGUUUCUACGACUACUCUUUUCCCUACUUUGCCUUUGACAACGAAGAUCGUCAAGGAAUUUAAGACCGAGUACCACAGAGUAGUGACAUGGUCCUGGUACCAAACCUUUACAAAGGUCAUUGAAUGGUCAGAUCACUCAGGGUCCGGGGUCAGAAGUGAUGGGGGAUGGGGCCCUCAAACCACCCUUCCUGCCGGCAGACCCUCAACUGAAACUCCGGCCAACAUCAUGCCAGCGAAAGCCCAGACUGAUCCUUUAACCACCCCAGAGACAACCACCACCACCACCACCACCACCACCACCACCAAGGCCACCACUACCAAGGCAACAACCGCUGCUCCCAAGGCAACAACCGCUGCUCCCAAGGCAACAACCGCCGGCGGUAGGUUUAGUGGCGCCCGAGGGGCCGGGGUCUUCUGUUUCUGGCUCUUCACCGGCUGCUUCCUGCUGUGUCUGGCGGCGGCGGCGGCAAUUUUGGCGACCGCGGCGAGGAUGCUGCUCUGGUACCGGCAGAUCUACAAGCCAAUGAGAGUGGUGCUAACGAGGAGGCGGGAGGUCAUUAGGCUGUUAACGAGGGGAGGGGGGGAAGGGAGGGCCGUGUAUCGCUCGGUGCUGUACGUCCAUAGAGAGGGAGGGGGUGCGGAAGAGAGAGGGGAGACCGGGGGAGUGUACAGGAACACGAUGUACCGGCUGGUGAGCAAAGAGGAGGAAGUGGGGGGGAGGAACGUGAUGGAGGAGUGUCGGGUUUCGGGGGAGGAAGUGGGGAUAAAGGUGGGGGAGGUUUCCAGGAAGUGCUACAGUGUUAUCCUGAGGGAGGAGGCAGGGGGGGGGGGGGGAGGAGCAGGACUGGGUGGUGGGGGGCUGGGAGGUGAAGCGAGGGGAGGCAGAGGAGCCAAGGAGCAGCUGGGGGGAGUGGCUUACUCAUUACUUACCCAGCAUGCCAUGGGGUGUAGUCCCGCCUCCUGA